AUGCCAGCAUCAAAACAAGCUCAAGAAGACUAUGACAGAUACGCCGCAAUAUAUGACGACUACAGUCUACUGCCUUCCGGCCGUCUCGAAUCUGAUUUGAUCAAGAUCGCCUUGGGAGACUGUACUGGCCUCACGAUUCUGGAUCUCGGUGGCGGCACAGCACUGCAUGCACGUGAAGCCAUAUCACUAGGCGCAAAAUCCAUCGAUGUCGUCGACGUGUCUAGCGAGAUGCUCGCCGAAGGCUGCAAAUGCGUUCAAGAUAAAGACUCGGUCUUGGCUCAGAAGUUGCGGUUUUUCCAGGCAGAUGUAUCGAAACCACUUUCGCAUCUGCCUUUAUGCAAGGAAGGUUACGAUCUUGUCAUGGCCAAUUGGAUCUUCAGCUUCGCGGAUACCAUGGAGGUUUUGGAGGGCAUGUUCCGUAACAUUGUCGGCUAUCUCAAGCCUGGUGGUCGCUUCAUCGGCGUCCGUGAUGCAGACCCGUGGAGUCCUGCUUUGGAGAGCAAGAAGUAUGGAGGCUAUUGCGAAUGGCUGAAAGAUAUACCUGGUGGGGUACAGUAUCUCUGUGUCUUGAACAGUUCGCCUCCGAUAAAAUUCAUCGGUUCAUCGCUUGAAGUCAUCUAUUCUGGCUCUACAGAAAUCUACGAGAAAUUCGGCUUGACGGAGAUUUCCCUCGUUCCUUAUGAAGAAGCAGAAGUGAUACGACAAGAUCGUCGCUUUUGGGAGUUGUUCCUGGACAGACCAAAUAUGGCUGUCGUACGAGCCAUAAUGAAGGCCUGA